AUUCACUCUUCCCUCGCGGUGGCCGCCGGCCAGAAUCGGUCUCCGCCGCCGUUGGCGUGAACUUCCGACGCGCCUGAAGCCCCGACCGCCCCACCCCAUAUCCAUUUCCCUCCGGCAAGUCUCUGCACAAGCCCUUCGCCGCCGUCCCCAACAGCGUCUUCCUCGUCGCGCCGCCUGACCGUCUCCCACGACGCCGUCACCAGUCCUGCGCCGCUACCGUCUCCGGCUAGCUUCCAAGCUCUGGUUUUCUUCAACCAGGUCACUCGGAAGCAGAUGGAGGCCAAGUUUUUCCGGUUUCUGAAGCUUGUUGGAGUCGGCUUUAAAGCAAGAACAGAGCGCGAAGGACGUGAGCUAUUUCUGAAGCUAGGCUACAGCCAUGAGGUGCAGUUCACCGCCCCACCCGCUGUCCGUGUCUUCUGCUUCAAACCCAACAUAAUAUGCUGCACUGGCAUCGACAAGCAUCGAGUACACCAUUUCGCUGGAGCGGUUCGAAGCAGCAAACCUCCAGAAGUGUACAAGGGGAAGGGCAUAUUGUACAUCGACGAGGUUAUAAAGCUUAAGCCUGGGAAGAAGACAAAGAAGUAACAGAUGGAUAAACCUCCCCAUUGCACUUCUAGCCUGCCAGGAUGCCAUAGCACACUUGUGGUGCAUCAGAUUUCAUGUAGUUUUCUUAUGGUGGAUUAUGGUUGGCCCAAUACCAUGCUAGACUUCAUAAUAAUGUAAUGUAUGUACUAUAUGUGAAUCAUCUGAUGAUCCUGUACUGUAUGUGAAUCAUCUGAUGAGCUUGUACUGUAUGUGAAUCAUCUGAUGAGCCUGUACUGUAUGUGAUUCAUCU